AUUAAAUAUUUAAUUUCACGUUCGGUUUCAUUCAGUGCUACUCGAACUGCGUUUCGUUCAGAAACUCAAAUGUCUCGACAGCAAAAUAGUUCAUAGAAAUUAAGUGUUGUGUAGCAGCUACGUAUACCUCCAAUUCAGUGCGGUGCCAAAAAUAAUAUUAAAGUGCAACAACUACAAUGAAAUACGCCGCGCUCUUAUUUACUUUUCUAAACCUAUUGCAUUUGAUUUUCUGCGAUUUCGACCUAGUAAUUUUACAUAAUAACGACAUUCACGGUAGAUUUGAACAAACUGAACGAAAUUCGGGAACUUGCCAGCCGAAAAACAGGAACACCACAUGCAUUGGAGGUUUUGCCAGGACUGCCCAUGUGAUACGGAAACACAGGGAAGCUGCACAGAAUGGAACAGGACCGGAAGUUCUUUAUUUAUACGCUGGUGAUACUUUUAUCGGAACUGUAUGGUAUACUGUACAUACAUGGAACAUAAGUUCGACUUUCAUGAAUCUUCUUAGACCUGAUGCACAAUGUCUUGGAAAUCAUGAGUUCGACAAAGGAACGAAAGAACUUGGACAAUAUUUAUCGAAGUUGACAUUCCCUACAGUUACUUGCAACUUGGACUUAUCACUAGAACCUAACAUCACACCUUACGUUCAAAAAUACAUAAUUAUUGAAAAAGCUGGCAGAAAGAUCGGAAUAAUUGGAUAUUUGACACCCGAAACCAAGAAAAUAUCCAGUCCGGAACAAACAAUAUUUUUAGAUGAAAUUGAAGAAAUCAAUAAACAGGCCGAACUUUUAGACCAACAGGGAAUUAAAAUCAUUAUAGCAGUAGGUCAUUCUGGCUACCUAAAGGACAAGGAAAUCGCCGAAAAGGUCCCGUUAGUAGAUGUGGUAGUGGGUGGGCAUACGAACACCUUUCUUUGGAAUGGACCGCAACCAGAUACAGAUACAAUUGACGGGCCAUACCCAACCGUAAUAACUCAACCUUCCGGGAAGAAAGUACCUGUAGUUCAAGCUUAUGCUUAUACAAAAUAUUUAGGAAUACUCAAUCUGACAUUCAGUGAAAUGGGGGAUGUACUCUCCUACUCCGGCCAACCUGAAUUUCUUGUUAAUUCUAUACCACAAGACGAAGAUAUCUUAAAACAAUUAGAAUCGUAUCGACCAUCAACAGAAGCAAUAAAUGGAGAAAUCGUAGCUUCUUUGCAGGUAACUCUCGAUGGUCAUAGUUGUAGGUUAAAGGAGUGCAAUUUUGGUAACUUAAUAGCUGAUGCAAACGUUUUGUACAAAGCAGCGUAUUCCAUGAUUAGCUGGACUGACUAUCCAAUCGGAUUAAUGAACGGAGGAAGCAUUAGAGCAUCGAUAAGUAGAGAUUCAAAGUUAACUGUCACUCGCGGCGAAAUUUUGGAAACGCUGCCUUUUGGAAACCAAAUAGUAUCGCUAAAACUAAGUGGAGCCGACUUAAUAAAAACUCUAGAACUGGGAAUAAGAAGCAACGGAGAAACCUCUAGAGGUGAAUUUUUACAGGUUUCUGGGCUGAAAGUUGUUUAUGACAGAUCGAAGCCGCCGAUGUCUAGGGUAGUAUCUGUUCACGUCAGAUGUGGUUUCUGCAAAAUUCCAAAAUAUGAUCCUAUACAACUAAAUAGGAAUUAUUCUAUUGUGACUAUCGAUUAUCUCACAGAUGGUUUCGAUGGUCAUUAUAUUCUCAAAGAAAAAGGAUUUGACAAGAGAUAUGAGGAUGUGUCAGAUGUAGACGCUCUUAUUUGGUAUCUCAAAAGAAAUGAUCCUGUUUUUGCAGAAGUUCAGGGAAGGAUUACAUUUGUAAAUAAAUCUAAUAACCUUAGUAGUGCCAGUAGUGGGGGUCUUCGACAUAAUUGUGGUUUAACAGCUGUGAUAUUAUUAGUGUCGUUUUUAUGCGUUAUUUAAUAUCUACAUGUAUAAAACUUAAAUUUUAGAACUUUGCUUUACAUACUUAUAGAUUACCUACUUUUAUAAUAUUUAUAUUAAUUUGUGAUAAUAAAUAGAAAAAGACCGAA